CCCUCAACGCGGCUGCUGUCGCCGUCGCCGCCCGAGCCCGCCCGCCCGCCGGCGGCGGCGCAGGCUGAGGAGAUGCGGCUCGGAGCGCCCGAGCAGGGCUAGACGCGGCCCGCCGCCGCCGCGGUUCAUCUCUGCAAGGCCAGGUGACAACUUCUGCUCUUCUUGUGGAUUACUUGGUUUACAAGACCCUGCCAGUGAGACUUCGAGUUUGCGCAGCUGGGACCCGAGUCGCCUCAGUUUUUUACUUGCAUGUGCUGGUGGAAGUUUGGAGCUGGUUGGAGCUACUGUUUACGUGGACAUUUUGAGCCAUUUUGAACUUAAGGCGCCGACACUGCUAGCAAUGAGCUCCCAAAGCCAUCCAGAGUCUCCCCCUUGUCUUACUUGCUCUUGGUUAAGCAUGGAUGAAAAGGCUGGAAAAGUUCAUCCUCACACCUGAGGAGUCUUGUUCCUGUCCUGCCAGAGGAAAGAUGGACUUUCUGGCCGAGACCAGCCGGUGGAGCUGCUGAAUCCUGCCCGUGUGAACCACAUGUCCAGCACGGUGGACGUGGCUACAGCGCUGCCUCUGCAAGUGGCCCCUGCAGCAGUACCCAUGGACCUACGCCUGGACCACCAGUUCUCUCUGCCCUUGGAACCCGCACUGCGGGAGCAGCAGCUGCAGCAGGAGCUUCUAGCACUGAAGCAGAAGCAGCAGAUCCAGCGGCAGAUCCUCAUUGCUGAGUUCCAGCGUCAGCACGAGCAGCUGUCCCGGCAGCAUGAGGCCCAGCUGCAUGAACAUAUCAAGCAGCAGCAGGAGAUGCUGGCCAUGAAGCACCAGCAGGAGCUGCUGGAGCACCAGCGGAAACUGGAGCGGCACCGGCAGGAGCAGGAGCUGGAGAAGCAGCACCGGGAGCAGAAGCUGCAGCAGCUCAAGAACAAGGAGAAGGGCAAAGAGAGUGCUGUGGCAAGCACCGAGGUGAAGAUGAAGCUGCAGGAGUUUGUUCUCAACAAGAAGAAGGCGCUGGCCCACCGGAACCUGAACCACUGCAUUUCCAGUGAUCCCCGCUACUGGUACGGGAAGACACAGCACAGCUCUCUUGACCAGAGCUCUCCGCCCCAGAGUGGGGUGUCAGCCUCCUACAACCACCCAGUCUUGGGAAUGUAUGACGCCAAAGAUGACUUCCCUCUUAGGAAAACAGCUUCUGAACCCAACCUGAAAUUACGGUCAAGGCUUAAGCAGAAAGUAGCUGAGAGGCGGAGCAGCCCCCUGUUGCGCAGGAAAGAUGGCCCUGUGGCCACUGCUCUAAAAAAGCGACCCCUGGAUGUCACAGACUCCGCGUGCAGCAGUGCCCCUGGCUCCGGUCCCAGCUCUCCCAAUAGCAGCUCUGGCAACGUCAGCACUGAAAAUGGCAUCGCACCUACCGUGCCCAGCGCUCCAGCUGAGACGAGCUUGGCACAUAGACUUGUGACUCGAGAAGGCUCAGUCGCCCCACUCCCUCUGUACACAUCGCCAUCCUUACCCAACAUCACCUUGGGGCUUCCUGCCACCGGUCCUGCCGCCGUAAGUGGUGCAGCAGGCCAGCAGGAUGCUGAGAGACUUGCUCUCCCAGCCCUCCAGCAGCGGAUCUCCCUCUUCCCUGGCACUCACCUCACCCCUUACCUGAGCACCUCACCCCUGGAGCGGGACGGUGGAGCAGCUCACAACCCCCUCCUACAGCAUAUGGUCCUGCUGGAGCAGGCACCCACCCAGACGCCCCUUGUCACAGACUGGUAUCUUUCAGGCCUGGGGGCAUUGCCCCUCCACACACAGUCCCUGGUUGGUGCGGACAGGGUGUCCCCAUCCAUUCACAAGCUGCGGCAGCACCGCCCCCUGGGGCGCACGCAGUCAGCGCCCCUGCCGCAGAACGCACAGGCCCUGCAGCACCUGGUGAUCCAGCAGCAGCACCAGCAGUUUCUGGAGAAGCACAAGCAGCAGUUCCAGCAGCAGCAGCUGCACCUCAGCAAGCAGAUGAUCUCCAAACCCAACGAGCCACCCCGGCAGCCUGAGAGCCACCCUGAGGAGACAGAGGAGGAGCUCCGUGAACACCAGGCCUUGCUGGAUGAGCCCUAUCUAGACCGGCUCCCUGGGCAGAAGGAGCCCUCCCUAGCUGGUGUCCAGGUGAAGCAGGAGCCCAUUGAGAGUGAGGAGGAAGAGGUAGAGCCCACUCGAGAGGCGGAACCCAGCCAGCGCCCAGCCACUGAGCAAGAGCUGCUCUUCAGACAGCAAGCUCUCCUGCUGGAGCAGCAGAGGAUCCACCAGCUAAGGAACUACCAGGCAUCUAUGGAGGCUGCUGGCAUCCCUGUGUCAUUUGGCAGCCACAGACCUCUGUCUCGGGCACAGUCCUCCCCAGCAUCUGCCACCUUCCCCAUGUCAGUCCAGGAGCCCCCCACCAAACCAAGGUUCACCACAGGCCUUGUAUAUGACACGUUGAUGUUGAAGCAUCAGUGUACCUGUGGGAACACCAACAGCCACCCGGAGCAUGCUGGGAGGAUCCAGAGCAUCUGGUCCCGCCUGCAGGAGACUGGCCUCCGUGGCAAGUGUGAGUGCAUCCGCGGACGCAAGGCCACAUUGGAAGAGCUGCAGACAGUGCACUCGGAAGCCCACACACUCCUCUAUGGCACAAACCCUCUCAACAGACAGAAACUGGACAGUAAGAAACUUCUAGGUUCACUGACCUCCGUGUUUGUCAGGCUCCCUUGUGGUGGUGUUGGGGUGGAUAGCGACACCAUAUGGAAUGAGGUACACUCAUCGGGAGCAGCCCGCCUGGCUGUGGGCUGCGUGGUGGAGCUGGUCUUCAAGGUGGCCACAGGAGAGCUAAAGAAUGGCUUUGCUGUGGUUCGUCCCCCAGGACACCAUGCUGAGGAGAGUACACCCAUGGGGUUCUGCUACUUCAACUCCGUGGCAGUCGCAGCCAAACUUCUCCAGCAGAGGCUGAAUGUGAGCAAGAUCCUCAUUGUGGACUGGGAUGUGCACCAUGGGAAUGGGACCCAGCAGGCCUUCUACAAUGACCCCAAUGUUCUCUACAUGUCCCUGCACCGCUAUGACGAUGGGAACUUCUUCCCGGGAAGUGGAGCCCCAGAUGAGGUGGGCACAGGGCCAGGCGUGGGUUUCAACGUCAACAUGGCUUUCACGGGUGGCCUUGAACCCCCCAUGGGAGAUGCAGAGUACCUGGCGGCUUUCAGAACGGUGGUCAUGCCAAUCGCAAAUGAGUUUGCCCCAGACGUGGUACUGGUGUCAUCAGGCUUCGAUGCUGUGGAAGGCCACCCCACACCUCUUGGAGGGUACAAUCUCUCUGCCAAAUGUUUUGGGUACUUGACGAAGCAGCUGAUGGGCUUAGCUGGUGGCCGGAUUGUGCUGGCCCUUGAGGGAGGCCAUGACCUGACGGCCAUCUGUGACGCUUCUGAAGCAUGUGUUUCUGCUCUGCUGGGAAAUGAGCUUGAGCCUCUGCCAGAAAAGGUUCUGCAGCAGAGACCCAAUGCCAAUGCUGUCCACUCCAUGGAGAAAGUGAUGGACAUCCACAGCAAGUACUGGUGCUGCCUGCAGCGCUUGUCCUCCACCGUGGGGCACUCUCUGAUUGAGGCGCAGAAGUGUGAGAACGAAGAGGCUGAGACAGUCACCGCCAUGGCCUCACUGUCUGUAGGCGUAAAACCUGCUGAGAAGAGGUCGGAGGAGGAGCCUAUGGAGGAGGAGCCACCACUGUAGCCCAAGCUGCUGUUCCCUCCUUUGUUUGUCUGUCUGGAAGCUCAGCCAAGAAACUUUCCCGUGUCACUCCUGCGCCCUGCCUUGGUGCUCUCGGAGUGCAAAGGGACACCAGGCGUGCAGCAGCAACGGGAGGCCUUUCCGCCGCCCUGGACCACAGGUCUGGAGACGUACACGAACACCAGGUGUGGCAGAUCACAUGGAACACAGGACAGCGUGCAACACACAGGCACACAGACACGCGGAAAGCCAAGCACACGCUGGUGGGGUCCCCCAGGGAAGCCCACGAAGGAAGAAGCCUGUGGCAGCUUAGGCAGAGUUGCUGAAUCGAGUUGACAUGAGGAAAAUGAAAAUCAAAGAUCUAAUAAUACAGAAAAAACUUGAUUAAAACUGGUGCUUAACAUUUGAUUCUUACCCACAAUCCCACAUUCUCCGUGUAAACCACUCAACUCAUCUUGUAGCUUUUUUUUUUAAACAGAGAGUUUUCUAUGGCUCUGGCCUGCCUUGUGAACCUUAGUGGGGUGCUGUGGGGGUUCACAGCUUACUGAGGGACAGAGUUGGAAGAAACUUUAAAGAAAAAAAGAAACUGGACAGAACAGAAAUGUGAGCCUGGGAGUCAGCUGGAGCUUCUCGAAGCCAUCGGAAGAUGCGAGUUUGUGCCUUUUUUUAUUGCUCUGAUGGAUUUUUUUGUGGCUGGGUUUUCUGAAGUCUGAGGAACAAUGCCUUAAGAAAAAAAAAAAAAAAACACCAAGAAUUGGUGUGACAGUGUCCUGCGGCUGGCUGAGCUGUGGUGCUGGCCUGGCUUUACAAGAGUAGGCACCAGCCACUGUCCCGGGCCACCGUGCAGCUAGCCUUGCUUGGUUUGGUCGCUGUUUAAGGAAGAUGAGGUAGUUCCAGAAAGCAGCGAACUGCCGGCAGUUUUGAAGUCCAACAUGUUUUCAACGGAUCCAAAGUGUUCUUUUCUCAUCCGUCACGUAGCAGUGGAGCAUCUCCAUUCGGUUGUGAAGCAUGUCGUAGGCACACUGCAGUGUUACGAUCGGAAUGCUUUUCAUUAAAAGCAGGUAGCAUGAAGUAUUGCUUAAAUUUUAGGUAUAAAUAAAUAUAUAUAUGUAUAAUAUAUAUUCCACUGUAUUCCAAGCUAAGAAACUUGAUUCUUAUGAGAUCUUGAUAAAAUAUUUAUAAUGCAUUUAUAGACAAAGUAUAUAUAAAUAUAUAUAAUAAAUCCAGACCGCAGAGGUCCUGGCAGGUGAAAGACAUGUGUGUUAGCUCUGAGGUGCUGAGGGCUGGGGUCUGGAUUGAAGCCCAAGGAAUUUUAAGCUCCAGAUUGGCCAGCUUCCAGAUCGCCAACAUGUUCACCCCUGGGCAACUUCCCUACCAGUUUGUACUUUAAUUUUAAUUAUUUUCUAACAAUCCUCUGCCCUCUCCAAGCCUCCAUGCACAUAUGUACCUGAUGAGUUUUUAUAGCAAAGGAUAUAAACUUGCUGUUGAUUUUUGUAUGAAUUUUUUCACAAAAGAUCCUGAAGAAAACAUUGUUUUGUGGAUUUUACAUUUUUUUUCCCUCACCAUUCAGCAGUUUUCUGAAGGUGGUAAUGUCUAAAACUUUUUCUUUCUAAAUUCUUACUUGUACAUUUUUUUUAUAGUUCUGAAGGUUGUUUUUAUGGUUUGGUUCUGUUUCUUUUUAUACAGCAAGCAGAGCUCUGCUGUGUGCAGGACCGCUGCUGUCAUACUUGGUUUUCAGAGGGAACCUCUCGGGAAUGGCUAGCAGGUCUGCGAGGUACCUUUGCCUUGUCUUUUCAGGCUCCCUCCAGGAGCCGCACAGCCAGGGGCUUCUGUCUUGCAACACUAGUAGUAUUACAAGGGUGGGCAGGCCAUGUGAGCCAUGAGGGCAGUCGGCAUUAAUGAGUGUGGACUUGUAACCACUCCAUCAGGAUAGAACUCCAGCUCUAGUUUCCCAAAGACCUUUGAAGCAUGUCCACAGUGCCUGGCUCAGAGCCUGGCCCUGCACCUGUUCAGGGGUUUCCACUGCAGCCUCACAGCCCUGGGUUUGGAGCCUGUGGCUGCUGAACCCAGGCCCUUGUCACUUGAGCCUGUAGGAGCACAGGGUCCUGAGGGACAGUCUUUGUCUUUGCUCUUUUUUUUUCUAUGACAACUGACUCUUUUUACUGCUGACUUCUUUUCUAGCACUUAAAGCCGCCAAUUUCAUUCCAAAGUAUGUGGAGUUCAGACUGAUAAGAGGAAGUUGAGAUACUCAGAAGAGACACCCAGCUAAGUUUCUGAGUUAGGUGGCAUUUACAGGGUAAUGGGAACUGGGUCAGGCUUUUGACAGCCAGGCUGAGCACACAUUCUUGGACUUUUGAUGGCUGGGCUGCUGUGAGUCAGUGCAGAGCUAAGAUGGUGGGUAGAGCGCAGGGUAGAGAGGUCUUGGGACAUGCCUGACUCCUUCCUCCCUGCGGCUCCUCUGGCCCUUGGCAGAAGGAGCCAACCUGAGGAAGCCCCUCUGCAGCCCCUCCCUGCUUGUGGCACUGCAUGGUGGCAGAGGCCAGCUAGCUGCUCUUCUGGCCGCCUUGGCCCAUUUUCUGCACACCCUGCCACCUGCCCUCUUGUGCCAGCCACGACUCGUGGGAGGUACACAUCAUCUUCCUUUUUCAGGUGAUGGGUAACAAACAGGCUAUUCAGUGGCCAGGAGACUGUGAGAGGGACUCACUUUGGUCCCAUUAAGUCACCUUUGAUUCAGGGGCCUGGCCAGGGAGCCAGCUCACUCCAGCUUCCCUGUGAGCUGAAAGCAUUACCUACCAUAUAGCCUUUUCUUCCCUUUGAAGACACGUGGCCCUUUCCCACAGUUAUCACCCAGGACAGAGGGAGGGCAGAAGGUCGGCCUUGACCUCCAGGGCAGGACCACAGCACUCCCCUGCCUGGACCUUGAACCUUCCACCUUCUCCCUUCCUUUGCAAAGGCCUUGGUGGGUGCUGGCAAGGGAGCCGGGAGCAAGCACUUUACAUCCCUUUAAGGGAAGCCCGAAGACACCAUGUCCUCAGGAUGCUGGUGUUCACUCACCCUUGGGUCUUCCAGCUGCACCCUGAGAGCUCAUGCCCCACCAGCAGGCGGCUGUUCCCAAGGCCACACCCACAGGGACAUCCCAGGGCUCUGGCUUCCGAGGGCCGCUUUAUCAAAGUGUUUCAGUUUUUCUUUACUUUCAAAUCUGUCCCCAAGAGGAAGGACCAUUUUGCAGUGGUCUCCGCAGCACUGGUGAUGGACUUGGUUGUGUUUCUUUCCGUCAGAACAUUCCUUCUUCACUGGUCACAGCCACGUGCUCAUUCCAUCCUUCUUUUUGUAGACUUUUGGCCCAUGUAUUUUAUGGGCAUUGAUACAUAUAUAAAUAUAUAGAUAUAAAUAUAUAAAUAUAUUUUUUUAAGUUUCCUACAUCUGGAGGUUGCAUGGACGUACGCCGGCAUGUCUUUAUAUUGUAUACAGAUUUUGCACGCCAAACUCGGCAGCUCUGGGGAAGGAGAAACGAUGCCUUUCUUUCCCCUCUCAUGAUGUUUGCAGAUGCAGAAAUUUUUUUCUGUAAAACAAAACAAAAUCUUGAAGGAGAGGAGGGGGGAGUUUGAGUCUUAUUGAACUUAUUCUUAAGAAAUUGUACUUUUUAUUGUAAGAAAAAUAAAAGGACUACUUACACAUGUGUCAUUGAGAAGAGUUUACCUAGCACCUUUGACAGAGAGUCGAUUGUAUCCAUGUGCAAGCUCCACAUUCAGACCCUACUGCCUGUCUCUCACGCUGGUUGAGAGGAUUUUGUUCUGUUUUGUUUGUUUCCUUUUCUCUCCCUGCACAGGGCCAGGUGCACCCUGCCUGCUGUCACCGGCCUCUGGUUGAGAACCUGGGGUUCGGGUGAGUUCCCGUCUCAGCACAGCUGUGUUGACGGGUUCAUUCCUUCUGGAAGACACGGGGCUGGGGUUCCACACUGAGCAAUCCAGGCCUUUGUGAGCCCUGGGUCUAAGCGAUACUUUAGCACUGGAGGAAAACAUUUCUCCCUCUCAAGGACCCGGGCAUGCUCUGCACCCGGCCUUGAUGGCCUCUCUGGCCUCACAUUGAUCAAAGUCUGCUAUGGAAAGAACAGAAUGCAGACAGGCCUUGUUCUGGGGGUGUGCGCUCCACUGAGGAGGCACUAUUUUCCAAUCUGUAAGAAUGUUAAACAUGCUGUUUCCAUGUAUGCACAGGAGGCUGACCUCACUCAGCAAGAGCGCACUACAGAAGUGUGGUCGAAGCCAUUGAAGCGCUGUGACAUGAUGCUGGGUGGGCUCCGCAGCCACGCCACCUUCACUCUGUAACAGCCUGUUUUCUCUUUGGUUGUCUGGACCUCCCCUUGGCGGCGCUUUCUCCUCUUGGCGGGGUUGGAGGUCAUGUUUGGUUUUCUCAUUCUUGUUUCAUUUUGUGUGGUGGGUUUCACUGACCGGCGGUGUCCUCUGGCGGUCACCUCUUUCCACCUCCCGGGUCCAGUGUUUGUACCACAUCACACACUUGUCACUCUUGUGGUGUAAAUAAAGACUGCGUUAAUUGCCCUCCCA